AUGGCUUCCAUCAACGGUCCGUAUGACCGAAGUACCAGCGAAAUCAGAAGACCUCGAGCUUGUAUUCCUUGUCACGAGCGCAAGGUCAAGUGCAACGCGAGCUUCACCGGACUACCUUGCUCACGAUGUAUCCAGCAUGGACGUGUUGUGGCCUGUGAAUGGGUCCCGUUGCCGGACCGAUCUUCGGCGAGACGCAAGUCCCGCAAGAGACCGGAGAGCAGUACUGAUGUGCAACAACGGCCACUGACAACGGCGAAUCGUGUUGCUUCGAAUCAUGCCGCUUCAAGCUUCAUCCUGCCUGGCGACCACAGCCCAUCCAAUUCUGCCACAUGCAGUGCGCCGACAAUCAGCACAUCGGCGACCAGCUUCCGACAGUUUGCUGACGGUGAAGGCGUGACGGAAGAAGAUAGUCAAUUAGAGACAUGCCUACGGAUCGCUCGCGCCGAAGACGACGACGCUGCUGACCCGGACACUGAAUCGUCGGUGUCGCAGCAGGGGAGAGAAGUCUUCACGUAUCACGGUGGCGUCGAUCCGACCACGAUUCUUGGUCAGGCGUUGAGCCAUCAGAAGCCGCGUAGGUUCGUGCGACUCUUGUUGCGUGAAUCUAAAAAGGGUGCCAGGCCAGGCCCUGGCAACGCCCCUGACAUUAAGUCGGUGGAAUACCUACAAAGUGUGGGUGCUUACGACCUUCCACUUUUGCCAACAUGUGAGAAGUUAGUGCGGCUCUGGUUCCAGCGAUUGUACCCGUAUCUUCCUGUUUUGGAUCGGCUAUCGUUCAUGAAGCAGCUGUCAGGAGGAAGAUGCUCAACUUUCUUACUACAAUGUAUCUUCGCGAGCGUUGUCCCGUACGCUUCUUCCGAGCUACUUGCCGACCUAGGUUAUGCCGACCGUUCUGAAGCUCAAAAGUCGCUGUUCUUCAAGGCCCAAUUGCUCUACGAUCUAGGCGGCGAAAGAUCGCAGACGUGUAUACUCCAAGGAUCUUUGAUCCUGACGUCCCAAUAUUUCGCAUUCGGGCUGGACAAAGAUCUCCGAUACUGGUUGAGCAACGCCGUCAGGAUCGCCACGCAGAUGGGACUCCACCGCAAGCAGAUUGUGCAUCAGCUCGAUCCGGGGAGGAGGAGACUGUUCUCGAGAAUCUUCUGGGUCAUGUACUCCCGAGAUAUCAUCAUGGUGAUGGCUGGACGCUUGAACAUCCGUGCAUUGGACGAUCGAUUUCUCGACAUGCCUGACGUUACUGAGGAGGACUGGGAGGACGAGUCCGACGACCAACUGACUCAAUUCGGGCUGGCACCGAUAUCCUCGCUCGAAAAAUCAUUCCUCGUGCACUACUCACGAUUGGCUCGAAUUUCUGCCCGAUACGUCGAAUGCUUCCGACGUCCAGACAUAACCCCAAUGAGAAACUCGUGCGACGAGAUCGAAGCAUGCAUGGUACGAUGGCGAGAAGGCCUGCCUCUUGAGCUUCGAACCGAGACUGUCCUCCAGUGGUCGCGUGAUAACAUAUGGAUCCUCGUGCUCCGAGCCCUAGCGUACCGAUUUGAAUGUCUCUUUUACCGAGAUGUUUCGAGCUUGCCGCCGGGCGACCAGCAAGAUGAUUUUCAGGGGCAAGCUGCACAGAAACAACAAAAUGCCAUGUUGGAACUUGACUCAAUCCUUCGUCGUGUCAUGCUGUAUGACCUGAUCGAGUUUUGUCCAUUUUCAAUAACCACAUGUGCUUCUGCCAUCAUUGCGAUGCACAUCGAGCACGUCUUAGGCCCCAAGAUAAGCCAAGUACAACGGCAAUUGAGUCUAACGAGCAUCCACAGCGGGUUAGCCUUUCUGAGAGCGAGCUCAAAGCAUUGGGAUAGCGUCAGAUGGUCAUUGCGCAUGUUUGAUGCAAUCGUUGCUCGAGCACGGCUUCGUCUGGCUUCGUCGGAAGAUCCUCUGGUGGAUCAAUCUAGUACGCGCAAUGUACCUUCCCACCAGUCGUCCACGACCGUCGGCCCAACCACGAAUGACCAAGGUUCACGGUCACAGGGAACUCAAUCAAAUCCUCCUGAUUUAAAUGACAUAAAUAGGUUUCCCUUUGUGACGGACGUUUCCUUUUCCGAAGGAGACCAUACGUUCCAUUUCGAAUUGACAGCAGAGGACGCUGAAUUGGAAGGCAACUUCGAUGAGAUCAUGAUCGAAGACAUGUUUAGUACAAACUCCUUGCAGACGUGGGCUUAUGGGCUGUGA